GCGCAAGUGAAUCAUAUAUUAAAAAAAUCUGGUAUUCAACCGACAAAUAUUCCUCCUUGUGAAGUUGAACUAGACUCAAAUGAUGUAAGGAAACAAAAAAUGAUGAGAAAAGUAAAGCAGGCGACGAUAAAACAUUUAAACAGUAUUGGAGUGCAUAUACCAUCUACUGAAGCCACAGAUGAAUUCGACGAGCCCUCGAUGUGUAACCAAAAUGACGUCAGUUUUGCUGUGAAACAACUAUUAAUGAAAUACUUGCCCAAUGAUCAAUUAACUAGAGUAGCGCACAAUAAACAGGGUUAUCAAAAUGUGAAACAAUCAGCAAAUAUAAAAAGAAGGCCAGAGUUUUCUAUCGCUACCGUCCAGUAUAUGCAAAAGUACAAUCUUUUGAAUGAAAAACCCGAAGCAGUUUCUGCACCAAUUCACAUUCUUGAACCGAAGCCACACUUUGAUCGAAUUUUAGACGUGACUGCUAUUAAAAAGCAACCAAAACUGCUAUAAAUUAGUGCUGAAUUUAAUUUUAUUGACAUUUUAGAUUAUUUGUAUACAAUGGUUUUAUUGAACUGUUUCCAUUAAAGUUGCUAUUUUCAAUUUGCA